AUGAAUUUGUAUCAGCCACAACAAGAAGUAGAACCACAACAAGAACCAGAACCACAGCCACAACCACAACCACAACCACAACCACAACCACAACCGAGGAAAAAAAGAACAGACACAAGACUAAUCGACCAUAAAGAGUCACAAGAAGUUGAUUUCAACAAUACUGGUCAGCAUGUUGGGAAGAAACAAAUUGGAAGAAAGUGCCAAUUGCUCAAAAAGAUAUGCUAUGGUCGACAAUUAAGAAACGUUGGAAUAUUCCGAAUGCAUGACAACCGUAAAAAAGAUGUGCUUAGAACAUGCAACAGCAAUUGGAGAGCCUUCAAGAAAAGGCUUAAAAAGAAAUGUGAUAACCAAAGAGAUCCACUUGAGACCUACUCAUAUUUGGAAAGAAGUACAUUGCAGAGCUUUAGACAGAGAAUAUCAUCAGAGGAGUUCCAAGAGAUAAGUGAGAAAGCGAGGGCGAGUUCAAUGCAUAAUAAGAAUCCUGCCCGUGUAGGACCAGUUGGUUGGUUACAGGGGCAAGAAAGCUGAGUGGGAACAAGAGAUGGCAUCUGGUCAAUUGACACCCCAAUUGUAUCAGAUAAAAAGCGAGCGUUCACUGCAUUUUGUUAUGGGUAGAAGAUCUAAAAAUGAGUUGGGGUGGAACAUAAUACCGCCUACCAUACAACCGAUAGUGGACAAGCUUGUUGAUGUCCAGACUCAAAUCUCUGAAGGAGAUUUGGUGUGAGGACUUGUUGACAAAGGUAAUAGGACCGGAGCACCCGGGCCGUACCAGGGCUGUUGGUCAUGAUGUUGGAUUGAGAAAAUGGAUGCAAGGGACUGAUAAAAAAAAGAGGAAAAAACAUGAAAACGAAACUAUUGAUAAACUGCAGGCAACCAUAGAUCUGAUGGGCUCCCAACCGGCAAAGCUACAAGCACACUUUGACUUACAGCAUGGGUCUUGGAACCAUGCCCCAGAUGAUGUAAGCUUAGGGGUUCAACAAAAUAGUUGUGGCUCGACUCCAACAUUAGAUGCUUUGGAUGCGAUAAAGGUAAAUGAGUGUAUUUAUUUUCCAGUACCAUCUAGAAACAAUAAAAACUAAACCUGUUAACCUGUUAGUAGAGAAAUUAUGCUCAGGACUAGGUAUGAGCAACAAAACCGAGUAGUA